AUGUCGGUGGUGGGGCUGGAUGUGGGCUCGCAGAGCUGCUACAUCGCGGUGGCCCGGGCCGGGGGCAUCGAGACCAUCGCCAACGAAUUCAGCGACCGGUGCACCCCAUCAGUCAUAUCGUUUGGGUCAAAAAACAGAACAAUUGGAGUUGCAGCCAAAAAUCAGCAAAUCACUCAUGCAAACAAUACAGUGUCUAACUUCAAGAGAUUUCAUGGCCGAGCAUUUAAUGACCCCUUCAUUCAAAAAGAGAAGGAAAACUUAAGUUAUGAUUUGGUUCAGAUGAAAAAUGGUAGCGUUGGAAUAAAGGUAAUGUACAUGGAUGAAGAACAUCUGUUUAGUGUGGAACAGAUAACAGCCAUGCUGUUGACUAAGUUAAAGGAAACUGCUGAAAACAACCUCAAGAAACCAGUAACAGAUUGUGUUAUUUCAGUCCCCUCUUUCUUCACAGAUGCUGAGAGGCGAUCUGUAUUAGAUGCUGCACAAAUUGUUGGUCUAAACUGCUUAAGACUCAUGAAUGAUAUGACAGCUGUUGCUUUGAACUAUGGAAUUUAUAAGCCCGAUCUCCCAGGCCCGGAUGAGAAACCUCGGAUAGUGGUUUUUGUUGAUAUGGGACACUCAGCUCUACAGGUGUCUGCCUGUGCCUUUAACAAGGGGAAAUUGAAGGUAUUGGGAACAGCGUUUGAUCCUUUCUUGGGAGGAAAAAACUUCGAUGAAAAGUUAGUAGAACAUUUUUGUGCAGAAUUUAAAACUAAGUACAAGUUGGAUGCAAAAUCCAAAAUUCGAGCCCUUCUUCGUCUGUAUCAAGAGUGUGAGAAAUUGAAAAAGCUAAUGAGCUCCAACAGUAUGGACCUGCCACUGAGCAUUGAGUGUUUCAUGAAUGACCAGGACGUGUUGGGAAAGAUGAACAGGGCACAAUUCGAAGAACUUUGUGCUGAACUCCUGCAAAAGAUAGAAGUUCCCCUUUAUUCAUUGAUGGAACAGACUCGGCUCAAAGUAGAAGAUGUGAGUGCUGUUGAGAUAAUUGGGGGCACUACACGAAUUCCAGCUGUGAAAGAAAAAAUUGCCAGAUUCUUUGGAAAAGAUGUUAGCACAACACUCAAUGCAGAUGAAGCAGUUGCCAGAGGCUGUGCAUUGCAGUGUGCAAUCCUGUCUCCAGCAUUUAAAGUUAGAGAGUUUUCCAUCACAGAUGCAGUUCCUUUUCCCAUAUCUCUGGUCUGGAGCAACGAUUCAGAAGACACUGAAGGUGUUCACGAAGUGUUCGGUCGAAACCAUGCUGCUCCCUUCUCCAAAGUUCUCACCUUUUGGAGAAGUGGACCUUUUGAACUGGAAGCUUUCUAUUCUGAUCCUCAAGGCGUUCCAUACCCAGAAGCAAAAAUAGGCCGCUUCAUAGUUCAGAAUGUUUCUGCACAGAAAGAUGGAGAAAAAUCAAAAGUGAAAGUGAAAGUGCGAGUCAACACACAUGGCAUCUUCACCAUCUCUACAGCGUCUAUGGUGGAGAAAGUCCCUGCCGAGAACAGUGAGCUGCCUUCUGUUGAAGCAGAUGUAGAGUGUCUCAGCCAGAGACCUCCAGAAAACCCAGAGGCUGAGAAAAAUGUCCAGCAAGACAGCAGUGAAGCUGGAACACAGCCCCAGGUACAAACUGAUGGUCAACAGACCUCACAGUCUCCCCCUUCACCUGAACUUACCUCAGAGGAGAACAAAACCCCAGAUGCUGACAAAGCAAAUGAAAAGAAGGUUGACCAACCUCCAGAAGCUAAAAAACCCAAAAUCAAGGUAGUGAAUGUAGAGCUACCCGUUGAGGCCAACUUAGUCUAUCAGCUGGGGAGAGACCUGCUGAACAUGUACAUUGAAACAGAGGGUAAGAUGAUAAUGCAGGAUAAAUUGGAGAAGGAAAGAAACGAUGCUAAAAAUGCAGUGGAGGAAUAUGUGUAUGAGUUUCGAGAUAAGCUGUGUGGACCAUAUGAAAAAUUCAUCUGUGAGCAGGACCAUCAAAAAUUUUUACAACUGCUCACCAAGACCGAGGACUGGCUCUAUGAGGAAGGAGAGGACCAAGCAAAACAAGCCUAUGUGGACAAGUUAGAAGAAUUAAUGAAAAUUGGCACUCCAAUUAAAGUUCGAUUUCAAGAAGCUGAGGAACGGCCAAAAGCACUUGAAGAACUAGGUCAGAGGCUGCAGCACUAUGCCAAGAUAGCAGCCGACUUCAGAAAGAAUGAUGAAAAAUAUAACCAUAUUGAUGAGUCAGAAAUGAAGAAGGUUGAGAAGUCUGUGAAUGAAUUGAUGGAGUGGAUGAAUAACGUCAUGAAUGCCCAGGCUAAAAAGAGUCUUGAUCAGGAUCCUGUUAUACGUGCUCAAGAAAUUAAGGAAAAAAUAAAGGAGUUGAGUAACACCUGUGAACCUGUUGUAACACAACCCAAACCAAAAAUUGAAUCACCCAAACUGGAAAGAACUCCAAAUGGCCCAAAUACUGAUAAAAAGGAAGACGUUUUAGAUCAAGGCAAAAAUAAUUUUGGUGCUGAACCUCCACAUCAGAAUGGUGAAUGUUAUCCUAACGAGAAGAGUUCCAUUAAUAUGGACUUGGACUAG